AUGAUAAUAAUAGGGGUAUACAUAUCCCCGAGUAUAGACAGGGAAUACGUGGACAAAGGAAUGGACGAAAUUCUGGACCUUGUGCUGGAACAUAAAGCCAGACCCACCAUAGUAGCAGGGGAUUUCAAUGCGAAAUCCCCCAUGUGGGGAUCCACGACCACGAACACGAAAGAAGUGGUGGUGGAAAGAUGGACCGUAGCCAACGGUCUGUGUUGUAUCAACACGGGGAGUGCCAGCACUUGCGUAAGGCCGCAGGAGGAAUCAAUCGUAGACGUAACGUUUGCGAACCCCCUGGCGGCGGCAAAAAUCGAGGAAUGGAGGGUGCUUCUAGAAGAGACCCUCUCCGAUCACUUCUAUAUCUCAAUCGUAUUGGGGGACACCGCGGCUCAACGGAGAAGGCGAAAACAGCCCCGGCCGCAAAGGUGGAGGCUUCACAGCCUCAACGAGGACCUAUUAACGGCGGCGAUAUUGGCCCAUACGUGGGGGAUGCCCCCGCCAGCUGGAAGGCCAAUCGAUGAAGAGGCCGAAAAACUCCGGGGCAUGGUCCGUGCGUGCGAUGUCGCCAUGCUCAGAGCCCUGCCACGCGCGAAGCGGGCCAUGCCGUGGUGGACGGUGGAGAUCGCGAGUCUCCGCGACGGCGCCACGAGGGCGAGACGACGGUUAAAGAGAGCUUGCAGGAGACGCGGAGAUCAGGAGGAAAUAGAGUGGUACCUGUUGGAACUCCGUGAGGCAAGGGCGGUUCUGAGGUCCGCUAUAGCUCGGGUCAAGGAGCAAUCAUGGAGGGAUCUAAUGCUCUCCCUCGAGGAUGACCCAUCCCCAUGGGUCGAGGGGAAUACCAUUAAAAGUUGCCAUGGGUAA